AAUAUAGUUAAAUGAUUUCGGAUUAAUUAUUUAUAAUGUUUUAUAAAUUGAUUUGGUACUAGGUUCUACUUCUACUCAACCUUGUGUGUAAGAUACAGACACUGAGAACUACCAUCUUUAUUGCUUUGUUGGCACAAACAGUGUAAAACUUUGUAACACUCAAAAAGGGCAAAAUGGCAACAACAACAACAAGUUCAAGUCUGUUGGCGUUGCCAAGUUUCAGAUCGAAUUGUAACCAGAGACCCAGUUUCAGGGUAAGAGCUCAAAUUUCGGGUGAUAAGGCGACGUCCGUGGAGCCAGUGAACGGUUCGGUCCCUGUGUCUAAACUCCCAAACCCGAAAGGAAGUGAAGUGAAUGGGAAAGUAAAAUUUCAAAGGGAAGACGAAAUUGAGCUGUUAUGGGAUGAUGGGUAUGGCUCCAAAUCCGUCAAGGAUUACUUUGCCGCGGCUAGAGAGAUUUUGAAGAAGCCUGACGGUGGACCUCCACGGUGGUUUAGUCCCGUCGAUUGUGGCCAACCAAUCAAAGAUGCUCCUACCUUAUUCUUCUUACCUGGGAUGGAUGGCACUGGGAUGGGUCUUGUUCCACAUCAAAUAGCACUUGGGAAGGCUUUCCAUGUCUGGUGCCUGCAUAUUCCAGUACAUGAUCGAACUCCAUUCCAAGGGCUGCUGAAAAUAGUAGAAGAUGUAUUGAGGCAAGAGCAUGCUACACGUCCGAAUAAACCGAUAUAUCUCGUGGGGGAUUCCUUUGGAGGAUGUAUGGCUCUUGCUGUUGCUGCUAGAAACCCUUCAAUAGAUUUGGUGUUGAUCCUAGUCAACCCAGCUACAUCAUUUGAGAGGUCACCGCUACAGCCGUUGCUGCCUAUACUGGAGAUGGUGCCAGAAGAGCUUCAUUUUACUAUUCCAUAUGCUCUAAGCUUUAUUAUGGGUGAUCCGAUAAAGAUGGCUUCAAUUGGUAUCGACAACCAACUUCCAGCAGGAAUAAAAUUGAACAAGUUGAGAGAGAAGCUUACUAACUCCAUGCUUCCUCUUCUCUCUGAGCUCGGUGGUAUUAUUCCAAGGGAAACUUUACUUUGGAAGCUCAAGUUGCUGAGAUCUGGCGCUGCUUAUACGAAUUCUCGCAUCCAUGCUGUUGAAGCCGAAGUCUUGCUCCUUGUUAGUGGAAAGGACAGGAUGCUUCCUAGCCAAGAAGAAUCGAAAAGGCUUCAUGGGUUACUCAAAAACUGUACUGUUCGAUGCUUCAAGGAAAACGGGCAUACCCUUUUACUGGAAGAUAGCCUCAGUUUGCUCACGGUUAUAAAAGGUACAUGCAAGUACAGACGCUCACGGAGAUAUGAUUUUGCUUCUGAUUUCUUGCCUCCCAGUAAAGGAGAACUCGAUUUUGCCCUUCAGGAACUACUCAGGUUCUUAAGAAAUGCUGUUAGUUCUGUGUUUCUGUCAACAAUGGAAGAUGGUAGGAUAGUGAAGGGACUUGCUGGUGUUCCAGAUGAAGGUCCGGUGUUACUUGUUGGUUACCACAUGCUGAUGGGGUUGGAACUUGGUCCAAUGUCCGAGGCAUUUAUCAAAGAGAAAAACAUUCUCUUCCGUGGAAUGGCACAUCCGAUUCUCUAUGCAGAAACUGAUUCAACGAAGGAGUUUGGUUACAUGGACUGGAUCAAAGUAUUUGGUGCCUACCCUGUCACCGCAACCAAUCUUUUCAAGCUAUUGUCUUCUAAGUCUCAUGUUCUUCUCUAUCCCGGCGGUGCACGAGAGGCUCUCCAUAACCGGGGUGAACAAUACAAACUGAUUUGGCCUGACCAGCAAGAGUUUGUGAGAAUGGCAGCACGGUUUGGCGCAACUAUAGUGCCAUUUGGAACGGUUGGUGAAGACGACAUAGCUGAAUUGGUUCUUGAUUACAAUGACCUGAUGAAGAUUCCGUUUCUCAGUAACUAUAUCUCGGAAGUAACUCGCGAUACCAAAGAGUUUAAGUUGAGGGACGAAUCAAGUGGGGAGGUAGCCAACCAGCAACUCUACUUGCCAGGGGUCUUACCGAAAAUACCGGGUCGGUUCUAUUACCUAUUUGGUAAACCGAUACACACUAAAGGAAGACCAGAACUUGUGAAAGACAAAGAAGCAGCAAAACUGGUUUACUUGGAAGCGAAAGAGGAAGUGGAGAAAUGCAUAGCCUACUUGUUGAAGAAACGUGAGGAAGAUCCAUACAGAAGUGUUGUGGACAGAUUAAGUUACAGUUUGACACACCUUCCUGAGAAUGAUGUCCCUUCUUUCGAACCAUGAUUGGAACAGAAAGCGGUAAGUUUAGUAAAUCUCAUAAACAAAACAGCUGUCAUGUCAUUGAUUAUGUGUCUUUACAGAAAAAUUCAGUAUAUAUCCCAAAUUAUAUAUAUAUAUAAAUAUAAUUGUUUAAUGCA